UUUCUUCCUCUUUUAUUUUCUCAGUUUCGUUUUUUGUUUGAAUUUUUUUAUUUUCUGGAUUAUUUAUCUUUUUACUAUUUGUUGUUACAGGUGAGUGAAAACAGACAAGGAUCUGAUGUACUUGCCGGUUGAUCUUAAUUAUACACAAGAUCAUGAUGGCCCUUGAAAAUAAAGGUUUGAUUUCCCCCCAGUUUUCCCUAGAAACAAUACAAAACUGUGAGGCAACCUUAAAAUGCCUCCAGACGAAGGGGAUCCCGUUCAACCUGCAAUGUACUGGGAAUUCCAUUGAAGGUCUUCCCGAGCUUAAAGAUGAAAUCUGUAGUCACCCGGGUGGGGAUGUUGUAGAACCAGUUUGCUCUUUGAAUGGUCAGUUUAUGGAGCUUCCAACUGAAUUUUACCACAAACCUACCUUUCAACAUGAACCUGGCUCUUGGCCGACCUUCUAUCCCGACUCUCAUAAGCUGCAGUCAUACCCACCAAAUGCUUUUGGGAGGCAGUUAUACCAAUUUCCCAUGGAUAAUCGAUUUCACUACCCGCCAUAUAAUAUGGUCGCUCAAGGAUACCCGUAUGAAUUCCAGUUCCAAGAUUUUCAGUACUUCGUGGUCAUAGACUUUGAGGCUACCUGCGACAAGGAGAGAAAACCCCAUCCACAGGAGAUAAUCGAGUUUCCUUCCGUCAUUGUGAGCAGUGUUACUGGCCAGCUGGAAGCAUGUUUUCAGACAUAUGUCCGACCAACUUGCAACCAACUCCUGAGUGAUUUCUGCAAGGAUCUGACUGGCAUCCAGCAAAUUCAGGUAGAUAGAGGCGUUACACUCAGUGAGGCUCUCCUUAGGCAUGAUAAAUGGCUUGAGAAGAAGGGCAUAAAGAACACCAACUUUGCUGUGGUGACAUGGUCAAACUGGGAUUGUCGGAUAAUGCUGGAAUCUGAGUGCCAGAUUAAGAAGAUCCGGAAGCCUCCUUACUUUAACCGUUGGAUUAACUUAAAAGUUCCAUUCCGUGAGGUUUUUGGUGGUGCACGGUGCAAUCUGAAGGAGGCGGUCGAGAUGGCAGGUCUGGUGUGGCAGGGGCGUGCACAUUGUGGUCUUGACGAUGCUAAAAACACAGCUCGCUUACUUGUCCUCUUGAUGCGCCAGGGUUUUAGGUUUGCUAUCACGAACUCUCUGGUGUGGCAGGCUAGCGGUGGUCCGGUGACAUGGAACCCGAUCCCUGAGAACAUGGGUUUCUCUCCGCAUCACCCCCACAAGCCUAAGGAUCAACAAAUGCCCCUAUUCCAGUACAACCCUUACUGUUUCUGCGGGGUGAAGAGCAGCAAAGGAAUGGUUCGGAAGCCCGGACCAAAGCAAGGAAGCGUCUUCUUCGGCUGCGGGAACUGGACUGUCACCAGAGGUGCUCGCUGCCACUACUUCGAGUGGGCUUCUCCCUAAUUCGAAAAUCUGCUGAAGGGCUUGUCCAUCUUUCUCUUGAUGGCAUCUCAAGCCCUACUUAGAUGUCGUGUAACAAAAUGAAAAACAACAAAAAAAAACAAAAAAAAGUAUAAAAGCAAUGGUAAUGGGUUAUCUCCUCGUUGAAGCACAUAUACCUUAAGUUGCUUAACUGCUGGCUGAGGGUUCUUCUUCUAGGAAAACACCGUAUUAGUGCCCGGCAUGGACGCUCUGAGGCGUGCACGGAAGUAAAAUUUGGUCGUCUGAUGAAUUGGAGCUUUGAACAUGUGUAAAGCUGACUUGUUUGACAGAAGAACAAAUCGGUAAUGUGAGGAUUUGGCUUAGGAUUGAUGCAUUUACAUGCUUAAAAGAACAUGGUUAAAUUACCAUAUAAUAAUCUUAUGAGAUAGGGACAGCUUGAUUUCC